AUGACGAUGCCGUUCAGCCCCCUGUCCAGCGACGAGGAGCAACAAAAGAUGCUGGGAAAUAACCGACAUCUCUAUCCAGGGGCAGAGGACGAGGAGGAGGAGGAGGAAGAGGAGGGGGAGGGCAUGGAAGAGGAUGAGCGUGAUGAGGACCAGGAGGAGGAGGAGAACGGCGAGCUGGAAGGGGAGGAGGAAGACAACGGGGAGGAGAUGGAGGUCAGGCGAGGUGGCCUGUCGCGGGUGGGCAGAGGUGAGGGACACAGGCAGCCAGGUAAACUGGCCGGAAGACCCGCUGGGGACAGACAGAUUCGGUCAGGGAACCCGGGACACGCCACAAACCCCUAUGCCUCUAAUCCCGGACCCACACACCAACAGCCGGCCAAUCACGUACAGCAGCAGCCGCAGCAGCAGAGGAGGCUGAAGGAGCGCAGCACCGGCACCGUGUCAUCUGAGGACACCCACAUCGCGAUGAUGGUGUUUCGCAUCGGCAUCCCAGACAUAAAGCAAACGAAAUGUUUGCGGUUCAACCCGGAUGCCACGGUGUGGAAGGCCAAGCAGCAGGUCCUGUGCUCCCUCACCGAAUCUCUGCGGGACGUCCUGAACUAUGGUCUGUUCCAGCCCGCCACGGACGGCCAUGAUGCCAUGUUCCUGGAGGAGGAGAGGCUGCUCCGAGACUACCCACAGUCCUUUGAGAAAGGGGUACCAUAUUUAGAGUUUCGAUACAAAACCAGGGUGUACAAACAGACCAAUCUGGAUGAGAAGCAACUGGCCAAACUGCACACUAAGGCGAGCCUGAAGAAAUUCAUGGAUUAUAUUCAAACCAGCGCUGUGGACAAGAUGGUCAAGUUCUUAGACAAAGGCCUCGAUCCCAACUACCAGGAUGCUGACACCGGCGAGACUGCUCUGUCCUUGGCGGUGCAGUGUGAGCCGGGUGGAGGUGAGGCUAUCCGGGUCCUGGUGGAAGGAGGUGCUCACAUUGACUUCCGCGCCAAAGAUGGACUCACGCCCGUCCACAAAGCUGUGCGAGGCCACCGCCAUACGGCCCUUCUGGUCCUACUGUCUCUCGGUGCAUCUGUGGACUACAAGGACCGGAGGGGGCUGACGCCGCUCUACCACACUGUGCUGACAGGGGGCGACACCUCCUGCUGCGAAACACUGCUUUACCACCACGCCAAACUAGGCAUCAGGGACGAGAACGGCUGGGACGAGACACAUCAGGCCUGUCAGCAUGGUAACUCGCAGCAUCUGGAGCACCUCCUCUUCUAUGGGGCAGAUUCUUCCUCCCAGAAUGCCUCUGGAAACACUGCCUUGCACAUCUGUGCUUUGUACAACAAGGAAAGCUCUUCACGAAUUCUGCUCUAUCGGGGAACAAAUAAAGACACAAAGAACAACAAUGGGCAGACCCCCUUUCAGGUGGCUGUUAUGUCCGGCCAUUUUGAGCUGGGAGAAAUUAUCAAAAACCACCGGGAUACAGAUGUGGUUCCCUUUGUGGAGUCUCCAAAGUACGCCCCCCAGAGGCGGGAGAGCACCCGGAGCCUGGCAAUACCCCACCCGCAUCCUUUCCUCCGGGCCAACAGUGACAGCAGCAUGAACUUGCCCGAAUGGAUGGCAGGGUCCAACACCACAGGGCCCAACAUCGUCUCGGUGCAGGGCUACAAGCACACAGGAACCCUGCGGAGCUCCAGCAGUCCCAGAGGGGCGAGGACGCGUUCUCCGUCCCGGGGAAGGAUCGGAGACAAGGAGGACCGGAGCAGGCAGAGUCAGAGACAGGGGCCUGCUCCUGCCAGCACAGCUGGACCGACUGCAGGUCAGCGGAGGCGCCUCUACAGCGCUGUCCCGGGUCGAGUCUUUGUAGCCACUCGAUCGCACUCGGCCCAGGGAGAGCGCGAAAUCAGCUUCAGCAAGGGAGACAGGGUCAAAGUGUUGAGCAUUGGCGAGGGCGGGUACUGGGAGGGAACGGUCAGGGGCCGCACAGGUUGGUUCCCCUCUGACUGUGUGGAGGAAGUGAUGCUUCGAAGCCAAGAGAACCGAUCAGAGAGCCGUGGAGAGCGAGCCAAAAGGCUUUUUCGCCAUUACACUGUGGGGUCCUAUGACAGCUUUGACGCUCCCAGUGACUAUAUAAUCAAGGAGAAGUCAGUGCUUCUGCAGAAAAAAGAGAGCGAGGGUUUCGGCUUUGUGUUGCGAGGGGCCAAAGCUCAGACUCCUAUCGAGGAGUUCACACCGACCCCGGCCUUCCCCGCCCUGCAGUACCUGGAGUCGGUGGACGAGGGAGGCGUGGCCUGGAGAGCCGGUCUCAGGAUGGGGGAUUUCCUGAUCGAGGUCAAUGGUCAGAAUGUGGUGAAGGUGGGUCACCGACAGGUCGUCAACAUGAUCCGACAAGGUGGCAACAGCCUCAUGGUCAAGGUUGUCAUGGUAACCCGCAACUCCGACCUGGAGGAGGGUUCGAGGAAGAAAAUCCCCCAGCAGAGCAAACGGCUGAGCACUCCGGCUAUCGCACUAAGAUCCAAAUCCAUGACUUCUGAACUGGAGGAGAUGGUGGAGAGAGCUGCUACCCCUUGGAAAAAAAAAUCAGAAUUCGAAUCCACACAAGUUACAGAGAAGAAGAGGACAGUCUAUCAGAUGGCUUUGAAUAAACUGGAUGAAAUACUUGCAGCAGCUCAGCAGACCAUCAGCACCAAUGAGGCGCCAGGGACACGGGGACAGGGGCCAAAAAGAGACAGAGGACGAAGUUUCUAUGGCAAUGAGCCAAGCUGCGGGGAUCAGUCCGGGAUGGGGACGAUGUCGUCGGGGUUGGGCCUCGGCUACGACCGUGGCCAGUACGCCUCGGGUCACGGCCCACAGCACGGUAUGCGGCGGCAGAAAUCCAUCGGGGCGCCUGACGAGGAGAGGCAGUUCCUGAACCCUCCGGCCGUGAAGUUCGCUCGCAGUCUGUCGGUGCCCGGCCCAGACGAAAUCCCUCCCCCCCCCACCACGGCUCCACCGGAGCCUCCGUUCUCCUCUGCUCCGCCACUCGGUUGGAGAGCAAAGUCGUCCCAGCAGCCUGUCUCCGUGUCCCAGUCCACCGCCACAUCUGCCCACUACCAGCCCUACGCCCAGUCAGCGCAGUUCACCCAUGGGGGCCGGGCGGCCGGUUCGAGCACCGGCCCCGGUGGCGGAGCGGUGGACCACGCAACCCCGUAUGCACACGCAGCCGUCCACACUGCUCUAAGCAGGACUGCUUCGCGGAAGGUGGCCUACUCCGGGGAGCCUGUUGGCACCGGCCCAGGGGCUGGUGGAGGGGCCAAGACGGCAGGGCUCAGGAGAGGCUACACCACCGCUAUCCCCCCAUCCAGCAUUGCCACUGUCGUGCCCCAGCAACAACAAACCGCCCAGAGCCAACCCCCGCGUACAGACCGCAGUGCGCCUGUGGCUGGAGCCGGCGGUCCCAAAGGAGGCACCCGGAGAGGUAAGGGACCCUUGACGAAACAAUCCAAGGUCGAGGACCUACGCCUGAGCCAGGGGACCCUGGGAGGAAAAGGCUCAGUGGAGAAAAGCUCCAUCCCCAUCCCCACCAUUAUAGUCAAGGCCCCUUCAACCAGCAGCAGCCAGGGCAGCAGCGUGGAGGCCGACCCUCCUGCAUCAGGAGAGACGGAUGACGCCAAGACGCCACGCGGCCCUCCCCCCUCCACUCCCGCCCCACAGCCCCCGGCGCCGCCGUCCGUCCCGGCGCCGCCGCCGCCGCCUCCGUCCUCGCGAGCCCAGGAGAACCCGGACUUCACUAGCCAGUUCGGGGCGGCCGUCGUCGGCGCGGCUCGGCGAGACAGGGAGCGGCUGCACGACGCGCGCAGGAAGAGCGCCUCCUCGUUCAUGUCCGCCGAGGAGGACGCGAGUCUCGGCAGCGACGGAGCAACGAGGACUCAAGUGGCCCAGCAGCAGCUCGGCACACAGGAAAGUGCAUCCACGCGGCUGCGCCCGUCCAAGUCCAUCGACGAGGGCAUGUUCUCCGGGGACACUUUCAUCCAUCACACCCGCAGCAUGCCUCCCUCCUUUGGCCUUCCCGAGUACUCCUCGCCCGCCCUGGACUAUCAGCCUCAGUCUAUGCCGACUGACUUGUACACAUCGGCAGGCAGGCAGGCGGCGCCCUCCAGCACAACCACCUUCAUCCACCCUCUCACAGGAAAGGCCCUUGACCCCACAUCGCCACUCGGCCUCGCCCUGGCCGCCAGAGAGCGUGCUCUGAGAGACGACAGCAGGUUAAGGAGGGGAUCAGAUCACCACUUCGCCCGCCAGAUGUCGAGCGGGGUGUUUCCUUCGUCGACCGUCAACUCUCCGCCGGUGUCGUCCGCCGCCCAGUCCUCCAGCUCCUCCUACCUGGUGACCUCGUCUUCUCUGGCCGGUACCGCAGCCGCCGCCGGUCGCCCGCCGUCGCCCAGGAUCCUGAGAGGAGGCGGGAGCGUGUGGAGCGAGGAAGGCAGCGGAGGAGAGAGGGAGCGCGAAGGAGGAGGAGGGGGGGCUCGCGAGGGGCUCAGAGUUCGCUUCUCGGAGGACAAAACGGUCCACAAGCACCACUACCAGCCUCAGCCAUAUCAACCGACCUACAAGGAGCGGGAGCUGGAGAGGUCGAGGGAGCGCGAGAGGGAGAGAGAGAGGGAGAGAGAGAGGGACACAGAGAGAGAGGGUUACAUGAGGCGGGCCGAGCAAGCCGCCGACAGCUCUGCUCAGCAGGGGGCCCACCCUCAGCAGCCCAAAAGACCCUCUUUCCUCCGGAUGGAAAGUCAAGCCGAUGCCUAUAUUGUGUCCCUCACCCCUCCCUCGCCUCCAGCGACCAGCACUACUGGGAGCGCUGGCAUGAUGGUCCUUCCUCCCCCCGCCCCCUCAAUUGACGCAGACGACGGGUUUGUCUUCGCAGACCCUCUCCCGCCUCCGUUGCAGUUUGCCAACAGCUUCGACCGGGGAACCGGGGGACCCUCGGGACCCUCGGGGUACUCGCAGCACGGGACGCACCGGAACAGCCUGUCGCGCCAACAGCACGUCUCGGCCCCUCCCCCUCCGCCCCCUCCACCCCCCACAAGAGAACCCUUCGCGAGCGGCUUUCCCGCUCACACCCCCCUGGCUUCUCCCCAGGCCGGAGACUCCACCGCCUCCAGCCUCACGUCGUACGACAGCGAGGUGGCCAACCUGACUCAGUCGGCCCCCUCCCCCUCCCAGACGUCGCCCAACCCCCCGCCCCCCCCCCACUCGCCCUCGACACUGCAGCCCACCUCGACGACGGGACCUCCGCCUCUCCCGUCGGUCUCCCCACCGCCUCCCCCCCGACCCUAUCACAGACCCUUCUCCAUGUCCCACCCCCACCACCUGUACAACAGCUCUCAUACGUCUGGGCGCUCCUCCCCCACGCCUCCCCCCCGCACAGUCACACCGCCCCGUGGCUACCGCGGCCCCCCGGCUCCUUCCUCCACCGCUGCCAACGCUGCUCCGCUCAGGCGCCCUUUCUCACACGCCACGACCUCGAGCUGUGCCGCGACGACCGCCGCCGCCGCCACGACGUGCACCUCCACUCAGCUCUACCACGAGCGCACACAUGCAACAUCCUCCAGCAAUAUCGCGGGCGGCCGCAGGGCAGCGGAGUACCACCGUCCUCACCCUGCGACCAGGAAAGGAGAGUCCCUGGAAACGGUCGUGGACUCUGGAAUCGAAGAGCUGGACAGCCGUAGCAGCAGCGACCACCACCUGGACCGCAUCAGGCUCGACCGCGGGGAGAGAGGGCGGUUUGGAGGGGGAGGCGGCGGCGGGACAGGGGAAUCGGAAAGGGGAGGAGAUUUUAUGGAGUCUUACAUGAACUACCUGGACGGACAAACUUUUGAGAUGCAGAAUGCCACAGCGGCAGCCUCCACCUACCCGAAAUCGAACCGGUUCAGAGAGGGAGGGCGCGCCAGUGAUCUACACAGACAGACGAGCACCGCUCCCGCAUCCUUUCACUCCCACAGGCGGAGGGAGGAGCAGGAAGAGGACGAGGACGGCGGGGGGGAAAGCAGCCGCGACGCCUACGCCAUCAGGGACAUGCAGAGUUUGGGACGUCCCAUCUCGCCGUACUUCGAUCGCCCGCGCACUCCGGAGAUGAAGCCUCUCUGGGGCGAGGGGCAGAUGUCGGCGGACCAGUUGGAGGGGAAAAAGAUUUACCCUCCCGCAUCCAGUAUGAAGCCCAGCAUCAUAAAUGAGCUGAGCAGUAAACUGCAGCAGAGAACCAAGGAGAGCUGGAGCAGCCAGAGACCGCUGGGCAGACACAGGCACAGGUUUUCAGAAGACUCGGCCUCGGCUCUGAGCCCCCCCAUAACUCGAUCCCAGUCGCCAUCUCCCAUUUCAUUAUCGCAGCCGUCGUUGUCCCCAUCCCCCACCCCCUCCUCCCAGUACCCCAACUGGGGGAGAUCCCCAUCUCCUCAGCCUCCAGCCGUGUCUCAGCCUCCACGUGCACAAUCCCCGAUUUCCCCGACGUCUUACGCCCCUUACCCCACUUCCCCGAAACACAGACCUGUCUACCGAACCAAAGCCCUCGAGUUCCAGUUCAUCCCCAGUCGCGAGACCCGGAAAGCAGAAUCACACAUGUUCCAGCGAAGGAGAGCGCCCAGCCCUCUCAUCUCCCCGGCAGAGAGGCCCAAGCCGGGCCCACCGCGGCCAUCGUCCCUCCCGCUCCUCCCCACCACGCCUCUUUACAGCGCAAUGUACGACCUCCAGGGUUCCAACACGCCGCCGUCACCUGCGAACCCUCUCGGGGAUCCUUACUUCUCACCCUCUCCUCCCUUGUUUGCGCCCUCCGGUGCCCCACCUCCUCCCAACUCCGCCUUACUCGUCUCUCGAUCCCUCUCUCCAACUCACUUCCUGUCCGGGACGUCCUCUCCGCCCCUGCACCCUCUCCCUCCACCCACAUGCCUGAGUUACCCCCACCUACCGCCACCUUCCCCGACAAAGCCUUUCGCCUCCAAGCCGCUGCCCUACUGGACCAAGUAUGACGUCGCAGACUGGCUGGGAUACCUGAACCUGGGGGAGCACAGAGAGCGGUUCCUGGACAACGAGAUUGACGGCACCCAUCUGCCCUCCCUCACCAAGGACGACUACCUGGACCUGGGCGUGACGCGCGUCGGCCACCGGAUGAACAUCGAGCGGGCCCUGAGGACCAUCAUGGACAGGCUGUCCAGUAGCCCAUUUCCCAUUCUGGUUCUCUCACCUCGGGAUGGACAGACUGAGAGGAGGAGGGACGACGGGAGCCGGAGCUGAGGUUGCAAACGCAGAGGCAGAAAGAGAGAGAGAGAGAAGGAGGGGUUGGAGUCAAUGAGGGAGGAAGACACAACUGCUGCUAUUCAUUGUGGAUUCACACAACAAAUGCGAGGGGGGGGGGGGCGGCGAGGAGGUGCUGAUCCACACAAGUACAUUCCCCACAUGCAUGCACCGUCACACCGAUCGACAAACAAGGAACACAAACACACUGUCAUCUAACACGCAGCAGACACGACGAGUGGAGAGCAGGGGCGGAAUGGAAGCAGAGAGAAGAAGCUGGAGGUGUCAUUCAUCCUGCCGCCCAUCUUGUUGAACAGUCCUCUCCCCCAUCAGCCGGCGGGUUCAAUCUGUUUAGGAAACCCACCGAGAACACGGACCGCCCCCUCCCCGUGUGAGUGGAUGUUAGUUUUAAAACGUGUCUGAAUAUGAGGGUGAAUGUUGGUGAAUGUCUGCAGGCUUUUUCUUUGUCGUCGUUCUGUCCGGACGACUCAGCGGCAGUCCAUCGAGACAGCUUCCACGUCUGUUAUGAGAGGUGAGGAGGGCGCAGACGGCGUUCAGCUUCGGUCGGCUACCUCACCACAGGGAGGGCUCUGUCCUCACUGCGGGUCCUGUGAUCAGGACCUUUUGUGUUUCUCUAUAGCUCUAUAUCAUAUUAAGUCUUAUAAGGAUAUAUAUAUAUACAUUUAUAUAUAUGUAUAUACAGACUGGUCACUGUAUCACAAAUGUGUAGCAAAAUUAAGUGCCCAGACCAACAGAAUAUAUUUAAAAGAAAGAAAGAAAUCACACACACACACAGGCACCUGAGUUACUACUAUACAUGCCUGCAUGCAUACACAAACAUGUAGACACACACACACACAAGCACUUGCAAGUGAUUGUGUUAAGAGUUCACGGGACACGUAUAUAUAGACACACUUUAUGUUUGGAUCCAAGAUAUACUUAUACAAAAGGAGACAGACUGUGCUUUCAACUUUUUCAACAGCAUACCCCACACACACACACACACACACACACACACACACACACACACACACACACACACACACACACACACACACACCUCCCCCCGAGGAUUUAAAUCUACGGAGAAGGACUUCCUCAGCGUCGAGGCAACUGUUGUACAACCAUUCAGACCUUCCCGUCCGAGGGAGACUGGAAAGGAGAGGGGAGGGGAAGAGGAACAACUGCCAUUUUCUUGCUCUUUCCCACCCAAUCCCCCCUGCUCCUUACAGGAGUGGCCCCUCCCUCUCUCGCUCCUCGACACAAUCCAGGAGGGAACAAGCAGCCGAGGGGACGUGAGAGAGAUGCUUAUAUCACGUUUUAAUACUAUGAUUGUUCUUACAAUUUUUUAACUUUAAAUGGGAAAACUGGAAUACUAAUAUUGAUAUGAAGAGAUUUAUUGUUACUAUUUAUCAUGACUUUCAUCGUCCUUACUGUUAUUAUAGCUUCAGGGUUCCUGCUUUCUGCCUCUUGGUUACUGGCGUGUCGCUCUGGUGCGGGACGAAGAUAACUGUGCUGGCGACAUAUAAAGAUAUAUGUGUAUAUAUAGGUAUUUUUGAACUGAAAGACGCAUUUUAUUUGGUGCACAGUCCCCUUGACACUGCCUCUAUGUGACGAGAAGCAUUGCAACUUGAUACGAAGCACAUUUCAUGAAACACUCCUUGCCGUUUUGCUUUUGUCAGACUGUGAAGCGAUAAAACAAAAUGACACGUUGGCAUUUAUGGCCUCAAAAUAUGAUUUCCUCACUCUUUAAAAAAAAAAAAAACCGUUAUCUGUCACUUAAUAACAUGCAGAGACUGAAAGUGUCGCAGCUGUUACUCCGGGGAGGCCCAUGGGAACCGUUAAGUGAAGAUAACGUAUUCAUUAAUGUCAGCGGGACUUUAAAUGGAUUGCCACGCCCCUUUUCGGUUGAUCACACCCACGGACGCCAUUCCUUCGCCAUCGCGUCUCCACGUGCCAUCAGCUUCCACUGCACAUGCACAUCCCACCAGCCACCCAGUCCUGCUCCUCUCACUGAUGCUGAGAUCAAACAUAAGGGCUCUCUCAUGACCUCUCUACCUUGAACAACACUUCACCUCUCAAAUGUGCAUUCGCUUCAUAUUUCAUGUGCUCAUCCCACACACACACACACACACACACACACAAGGGGGGGAUUCAGAGAGAUUAUCCCACACAAACUGCUUUUGUGCCGAUGGACAAGGAGAGAUUUUUAAAUGCAAAAGGACAUAGCAAUAAGGACGAUGAAAACAAUGGUCAUCUAAUUAUGGUUUAAGAUGUAAAAAGAAGAAACAAAUGUCUCAAAAGUUCUAAAGAAUCUCUGUCUUCCAAAUAAUGUUUAACAUGAAAAAGGGUACGCUGUAUUUAUUGAACUGUUCUGCUCUCUGUACAGUUUGACCUGUUCUCUGAGUCUCGGCCUGACGGUGUUUAGAGCUCCGGUCUGUUUCCGCGCAUCAUUUUCCUCUCCUUGUUUCUACGAAGUUGUUUAUUACCACGCAUUAUGCAACGGCCCUAUUUCCAUUAGCAACGGCGGCGUUUUACAUUUCCCUUUAAAGGUUUUUGAAGUGAUGUUCGGCCACGGGGCAUGUGCGUGUCUGAAAGGGCGAACCGGCAGAAUGCAUCUUCCGGUCCAAACGGCCUCAUUCUGCUGGUUUCUCUCAGGUCUUUAAAACGAUUGCUAAAGUAAAUAAGGCAAAGUAAUAACUUACGGUAAUCAUUUCUUUGCAUUUAGAAGUUAUUACGGAGAUGCGGCGGCUCAUUGUUGCCGUCAGGAGGAAACAGAUCGGAGGGAAUCGGUCACACUCCAGAAAGCAUUUAUUUUCCUUUAAGAGACCUUUUUAAAAAAUGAGAAUAUGAACUGAUGAAAGGUAAUUUACAGAAUAUACAGCCCUGUAAAAAAUUAAGAGACCACUUUAAAAUGAUCAGUGUCUCUGUUUUUUUCCUAUUGAUUGGUAUGUGUUUUGAGCAAACUGAAAUGUUUUUUAUUCUAUAAACUACUGACAUUUAUCCCAAAGCAUUUAUUUGCAGAGAACGACAACUGGUCAAAAUAACGAAAAGGAUGCAGUGAUUUCAGAUCUCAGAUAAUGCAAAGAAAAUAACUUCGGAGGAGUUCAGAGAUCAAUAUUUGGUGGAAUAACCUGGAUUUUGAAUCCCAGCUUUCAUGCGUCUUGGCUCUCCACCAGUCUUUCACUUUGCUGUCGAGGGACUCGGCUUCGUUUGAUGGCUUGUGACCAUCCGUCUUCCUCUUGACCACAUUCCAGAUGUUUUCAAUAGGACUCAGGUCUGGAGAUGGGGCCGUGACCGGGUCCUUCAUCCACACUGUGUGUGUGUGUGUGGCACGAAGCAUUGCUGGAGCAAACCACUCCUCACAGUUGGGGGACAUCGUCAGAGCAGGAGGAGGAGGCAGGUUUUCUUCCAGGACAACGUUGUUCUCGAUUCAUGCGGCCUUCACAAAGACACAUCUGCUUUGCUCCGGCCUCGCUGAAGCACCCCCAGAUCAUCACAGACCUCCACCAAAUGUCACAGGUGUCCGUCUCACCAUCAGACGGCCAGGUGUUGGACCAAGCCGAACGCUGGACUCAUCAGAGAAGACCGGCCGCACUCCAGUCCUCUGAAGUCCGAUCCAUAUGGCGUGACCUCCGCCCGGCCUUUCUACCGCCCUAGCCGUUUUGGAGGUCACUUGAUGGAGCGACAUUGUAAUGAUCUUUUUAACUCUUUUGGGUCAAAGACUCUUUUUUGAGGCACUGUUGCUGCCAUCCAGCUGGUCCCAUUGCAAGAGGAUAGUGACUACCACAGCACUGGUUUUUAUAUUUUGCUUCAUUAAAUAAGAUGUGGUUCAGCUGAUCCCCUCAUUGAGAAUCAGGUGCGUCUGCAUUGUAAUUCCACCCACAGGAAUGAAACGGCUGCCAUACACAGAGAUGCUGAUUUAAGAACAAUUUGAGUGGUCUCUUCAUUUUUUCCAGAGCAUAUACACACAUUCAUAGACCUAUAUGAAUUUCAAAUGUUUUAAGAGAUAAUACAUUGUUAGAAGUAUAAUAAAGAUACAGAAACAAAGUUUAAA